AGCGAAGUCAGGGAUUACCGAACCUUAUGGAUCAUGGUGUUACAUUGCAUAGACCGGGCGAGCUGUGUGGUCUGUGUUUAUUCUAGGAGGUAUAUAACAGCUGCGUUCUCCAGACUUCAGCGAGAUCUGCAGGACUCGUUUUCUCGCCGUGCCGACAUUCGACUCGUCAGCAGCUGAGUGUCAAUAUGGGUAAAGUCAGCUCCCUUGCCGUGGUGGCAGCUUUGCUGUCUGCCGCCGCCGCUCAGACCUUUCGCCGACUGGGCGCCUGCCCCGAUCUCGGCUGCGUGCUGCCUCCAGAUCAGUCCGACUUCCUCCCGGGCCAGUACUUCGACUUACGUUUCGAGGUGCACGCCCCGGUGAACGGCUCCGAGGCGUUCAACGACGGUGUUCCGGACGAGAACUUCUCGGCCACGAUCACGAAGGAGGGCGGUGAGACGAAGAGCGUCGCUGAGUUUUUCGGCCUCGACGAGCCUGAGCUUGAGAAGUGGGACUUCUCGUGGUACGAAGACCUCUUCGCCCAGGACGCCGGCACUCCAUCUGUCGUCAACGUCGCCUCCAAGAUCUACCGGAAGCUUGCCAUCUACGAGCCCGGUAACUAUGCGAUCACGCUAAGCUACUACGGGGACCAGAAGACGGUGGCCAACUGGGUCGUCCGCCCUCUGGCUACGAGGAAGAAAGCCAAGAACGUCAUCCUGUUCAUUGGUGACGGCAUGACCACGAACAUGAUCACCGCUGCCCGUCUCCUCGCCCACAAGAGUAUCAACGGGAAAUACCAAUCUCUGCUGCAGAUGGACAAAUUUCCCGUCCUUGGACACCAGAUGACACACUCGAUUGACAGCUUCAUCACUGACAGUGCUAAUUCGGCCUCCGCUCUCUACACCGGGCACAAGAGCACCGUCAACGCCAUGGGUGUCUAUGUGGACUCGUCUGCCGACUUCUUCGAUGACCCGAAGGUUGAGACGAUUGUGGAGCUUCUUAAGCGCACUUGGGAUUCCGCUUGGGGUGCCGUUUCUACCGCCGCCAUCGCUGAUGCUACUCCUAUCGCUCUCACUGGUCACAGCCGUUCUCGGUAUGCCUAUGGCGCUCUCGUCGAGCAGGGUCUGAACUCGGUCGCCAACUACUCCUGGACGAACCAGGGUGGCCCCGACGUCUGGUUCGGUGGCGGUGCCGAGCAAUUUUACCCCGGUAAGGACAGCUUCGAGGGCAAGGAUUACUACGAAGCCUUCGCCAACGCUGGCUACGACAUCAGCUUGAAUAAAACCUCUCUGUUGGAGCUUGGAAACAGCAGCAGGGCCCUCGGGAUCUUCUGCCGGUCUCACUUCCCCGUCUGGUUGGACCGAAAUGUUUUCACCGAGAACCUGGCCUCGUUUAAGAACGACCCUCGCGGUUCGGACGACCCGGCCCUUGAUCUUCCCGGCCUCAAGGAGAUGACUCUCAAGGCCAUCGACAUCCUGAGCCACCGUGGCGGUGACAAGGGCUUCUUCCUCAUGUCGGAGGGCGCCUCCAUUGACAAGCAGAUGCACGCUCUCGACUACGACCGCGCUCUCGGUGACCUUCUGGAGCUCGACGACACGAUCCGCGCUACUGUCGCCCACCUCAAGGCCAUCGGCGAGCUUGAGAGCACGCUGAUAGUCGUCACUGCCGACCACGGCCACGGCUUCGACGUUUUCGGUGGUGUCGACACCGCGUAUCUCUCGGAGCAGAAGACGGACCGCCAGAAGCGCAAGGCGGUCGGCAUCUACGAGCAGUCCGGCCUGUCGCAAUACACGACGCCGGUGGAAGGCCUCUCUUACGGCACAGGCCCGAACUUCCCGGUGAACUGGGACCCGCGAUACACGCUUGCCCAGGGCUUCUCGGCCAACCCCGACCACCGGGAGAACUACCGGGUGCACCAGACGCCGCGCAGGAUCGUCAGCAGCACCCCAGGCUUCGACGACGACGACCUAUUCGUGAACGCGAAGGACAGCCCCGACGGCUUCAUCGUCAACGGCACGCUGCCCGUCAGCGAGUCGUCAGGCGUGCACUCGCUCACCGACGUGGCUGUAUUCGCCAUGGGCCCCUGCCAGGAGACCUUCGGCGGCGUCUACGGCAACAUCGACAUCUUUUACAAGAUGGCCGAGUGCCUCGGCCUUGCCCGCCCCGACAACAAGCCGCCCGCCGAUCCCAAUAACGGCUGCGGCAGCACGAAGCACUAAGGGUGUUUCCCGGAAGAAACAAAAACUCUAUAAACUGAUGCGAUAAUUAGCAAUACGAACAUAGCGAUCGGAUAAAUGUGUGUGUGCACAAGUAAUUGGGACAUAAGAAGCAUAUGAGGGCGUACGGAAGGUGGAAACGAGACGGACCAAAAAAAAAAGAAAGCAACCAACAGCGACGGCAUAGAGACGACGAACGCGGCGAGUGCAGGUGUGCG